AUGAAAUUCUUUGGUAUACUGGUCUUCGCUUUGGCUAUUUUGGUUGGAAUGUCCCAGGCUCAAUCACCCACAACAGCCUCGCCAACAUCAACGUAUACAACACCAUCAUCACCAUCAUCACCAUCGACAACAACAUAUACCUACACAACCUCACCAACCUCACCAACCUCACCAACAGCCAUAUCAACGACUCCAGCGACAACAGCAAAACCAUUCAAGCAACAGUUCCUUUCAUUGUUGUUCAACAAGAAGUCUGGAUAG